ACACUACGUUCGGUCAAGCCCACUAAUCGCUCUGUGAAGGUGCAAAAUUUUGGGCAGCCACAAGAGGAUUCCGAACAGCAUCAAAUCACUGUAAAAGACGUCGAUGGCCAGUCUAUAUGCAUGAACGGCGGCGGUAAUCCACUGUUCCAAGUGAGCGAGUGGAAACGUCUUACCCUCCUGGGCAUUCAGUCCCCGAAUAAGAAGUCUUGCAUGGAGCUGGUACUUGCCAAUAAAGGAAGCGACAUCCAUUUCGCUGAUAUCCGCUACCAGGUCGAUUGGGUUUGUGCGACUACAGGCAUCUGUCCCAGGAACAUGAAACUAAAAACCGAUAAUUGUGAUGAGUCGAAAGGAGAGAUAUGCGGUCAUACAUACCUUGUUGUUCUGCUUAACGGCACUGCCCAAAACUAA